GUCCUGUGGCGGAAAGAGCUUUGGAUGACGGAUUUCGUCUCUAUUUAUUCCGUCAGUAGCUAUGGCUCUCUGAAGCAUAUGCCACCAUGGAUGACCACCAAACAACACCUGCCACCAUGGCUUUGUGAUAACUCUUUCAUUUGGCAGUAUAUAUUACGGCGGACGCCAUGACCUGAUUGCAUGUCUUUUCUCCAUCUCUUCCAUACUAUGUACACAGUAGUUCUCGAGUGAUUUCUCAGAGUAAGAAUCACACUAUCAUGGCUUAUUAGCCGUUUAUUCUUCAGGCUUUCGUGCCACCACAAGCGUUGGUUUCAAGUCUUCGGACAAGGGGUGAGAGGUUUAACAUCAUGGCGCUCACCGCAGUCGAAGUCGAUCUUAACGGAGGAUAUCUUAACGCAGUAUCCUAUAACGAGGGACCAACUCGGCAGAUCGUGCAGCUUCAUCGACUAGCCGAUCGCUCCAUCUCGUCCCGAAACCAGUCGCUCUUAAUGACCCAUGCUUGCCUUCGCAUGCGUCUGCUGAUGGCUGCGAAACGCGACAACGGACACGCGUGGCAAAUUAAGCGCCAGCGUGCAGCUCAGGAGCAAGCUUCAAAGAAGCAGUGGAUGCAACGGCUUCGGACUAUGCGCCGGCUCUUAUAUAAGUACCGCUCUUCACGCAAGUCGGUGCGGAAUCUGUAUGAAGACAUCCAGGCAGACAUGACUGGCAGCACCCGAUAUAAGGAGGACUUACUUGUACAGGGUUGUGACCUUAUCGAGGAUGCUGACAGGGAGAAUCUGCUCAAGGAGAGCCUGGAAGCAGCAGUUCAGAGAGCCUUCGCAGGCAGAGCCGUUACAGCAAGCUCCUCAAGUGUUACAACGGAGUCUUGAAUGCCAAAUUUGGCUCUUGAAUCCUCAAGAAGGAAGCAUGGCUGGAAACAGGCGCUGGGCUGGGAGGUCAAUCUCUUCCUUCAGGGUAAAUAACCCUGGGAGGCAGUGUGCCUGUUUGCCUGGGGUGUAGUACUUGGACUUCAAGAGUACUGCACCUUGUUGGAGACUGCUAGGAGAGAGCUUACUACCAGAUGGUACAGCUCGAACGCUCCUAUAGAAAGAGCCUGAAGGAGCCUGUGGGGAGAGUGCCGUAAUAGAUGCCUCUUCAGGCCUCAAUUGAGGUGAGCAGCACGCAGCAGUGUUUGCUUCUUCGGUCGUCCAAGUGCCAUUCAGUCAGUGGUGCUUGUAUGAGAUGGUCUUUUCCUGUUUACAUUGUUUAUGAUUUGUGCAUAUUGUCAUUGAGUUGAGGCCCUAUUUGCUAGGCUU